AUGGCGUCGCUUCAUGCUGCCUCCGUGUCGCUCUCUCCCUUUGCUGCUCUCGGGACCCCACUGGAUCGCCAUCCCCGAUACAAGCUCUUUUUGUCAAGCUUUACCUCCUCCUAUGGCGGCCUCCGCCUCUCCGCCGCGCCGAGGUCCGCGGUGGCGCGCGGCAGCCGCCCGCCAAGGGCGACUCCGCUCCGCGGCUCCUCUGCCUCUGCCAGCAGCAGCGAUCGCGGCGCCUCGGCCGGCGACGGCGCGCCGUUGCGUCAAAACGCGCUGACGAACUUCAGCCCUCUCACAACGGGAGUGGCGACCGGAAAAGCGGCUCAAUGCGUCCCUGUCGACCUGCGGCUGGCCGUGCUGCUGGGCGGAUUCGCGUUUGAGGCGUACUCGACUCCGGAGCAGGGGAGCGAUAAGCUCUCAGAUAAGGACGGCCAGGGGUGCGAAGCUCUCUUCACCUCCACGCCCUUCGCCCACGAGCUCUUUCAGGGGCAGCUCUCCGCGAACAUCAAGGGGAACAUCAUGGCGCGCCAUGCUGAGCUGGCGCUGGUGACGUCAGCAGGGAAGCCCGCCACGUGGAAUGGCGUCGCUUGCACCAGCAAGGCUGAAAACCUGAUGAACCCAUCGUGGCCCGAACAACUGCAGCUGCUGGUGCCUCGUGCUUCUCCCUCUGACACCUACUUUCAGGUCUUCUUUCAGAUCAACUUGCACUAUUGGAAUGCUGACAAUGACGAUGACGACACAAACGAUUAUGAGGUUGGCACGGCCACCAUUGCCCUCAAUGACUUGAUCAAAGGUUCAAACACCCGAAUUCCCGAGGUCGUAGGGCUUACGCUGACUCACGACGACAAAAAGACAGGCAGUGUUUCCAUGGAGGUAUGUGGGAGGGAGGUGGGUUUGGGGUGGGCUAUACAAGCUUCUCCGAUCCUCGCAAGAGAUCCAGGGCCGCGCGAGCCAGCAGGUUGGCCGCGUCUGCACCCGGAGAGGGCGCUGCCUGCAGUGGUGCCAAGAGGGAUAGGAUCUCAUCCGCCGCCCCCAAGCACGCUGCUUGCGGUUUCUCAGCAAAUGUGCUCGGGCGGGAUAUCGGCAUCGACGCACGCGUCGACCGGAGAACACGCGCCAGUGCCUCUAGGCACUCUGACAGUAUCCACAGCUGACGCAGGGUCGCCGUGGAACAUGAAUACUCCGCCUCCUCAAGGCGAGGACGAGGGUCACGAUACGGACCCCUUGCUGGGCCUCCGCCAGCGCCAACAAAACCCGGGAGAACAGGCGGCUGCUGGACAGAGCGCGGCGGGGACACCGCACGGUUGGCUACCUCGACAAUGGCGUGAAGAGAACGAGGAGCGUCUGGCGGAACGGAGCGACAGGCUAUCGCUGCCUGCGACUCACGGAGAGCAGUUGCGAGCACGUCCGGAAGCCUCUCCAGGGCGCGCGCAAAGUCCGACGCAGACUGGCGACCCCCGCCCCCGCGUCCGCGGCCCCUGCGACUGCAACGCCGACCACGACUAUUCGACCACGAGCGGGCUGGAGAUUGGGGCCGGGACGUGCUGCGCGGGCAGAGCGCAGGGGAUCGCUCACGACGCGAUGGAGAAUGGUGCCGCCGGCGCUUCACCGGCGAUUCGUGCGGAGAACGGCGAGCAGGAGAGCGACGCCCUGAGGAUCGGCGCGCGGGUGAAUGACAGCGAGGCGAAUGGCGAGAUGGGGAACGGUGACUCGGCGAAUGACGCCCAGGGGAACGGCUGCGGCUCCCCUGACGACGAGGGGAGCGACGCUCGCGGCGAUCUUCACGCCGCCCCUCGCAGCGUUCGUCACGAGGCUCAAGCGUCCGACGACGCGGAGAACGCCCCCGGUGCGGCUCCGCCAAGGCGCCAGAACGCACAGCGGACUCCGCACGGGUUGCCACUCUCGGAGGCGAAUCAGCGACGCGCGGCCCGGGAGGACGGCGCUGGUCCUCAAAUCGGCGCCGGAUUUGGUCCGCAGCAGCGGGAGGACGAGCAGGAACGCUCACCGCCGGGCGUGGCGGAAGCACAGGUGCACUCUCCGCGGUACACUCGCGGUCGUGGGCGGACGGAAGCACCAUCUGCGCAAGCACAAGGCGCAAUUCCAACACAAGGGGAGCCUACAACCCCGACUCUCCCCACGCAACAGGCGGCGCUAGCAGCAGGGACCCCGCAGAGCGGACGGGGAAGCGCGCGGGGGAGAGGAUCGCGACGAGGAGCGUGCGGAGGACAGAGGAGCGCAGUUCAAGCGGCGAGGGGGCGCGGGCGCCAACCACCGAGCCUAAUCUGA